AUGGAGGUUGCCGUGGGAGCCAGCCUGGGCGCCACGGGCCGAGGAGGGCCCCACAGGGAACUGGACGAUGAGGACUACUACCCCCAGGGGGGCUGGGACACGGUCUUCCUGGUGGCCCUGAUGCUCCUGGGGCUCCCGGCCAAUGGGCUGAUGGCCUGGCUGGCCGGCUCACAGGCCCGACACGGAGCGGGCACGCGGCUGGCACUACUCCUGCUCAGCCUGGCGCUCUCUGACUUCCUGUUCCUGGCUGUGGCGGUCUUCCAGGUCCUGGAGAUCCAGCAGGGAGGCCACUGGCCUCUGGGGACGGCCACCUGUCGCUUCUACUACUUCCUGUGGGGUGUUUCCUACUCCUCCGGCCUCUUCCUGCUGGCCGCCCUCAGCCUGGACCGCUGCCUGCUGGCCCUGUGCCCGCAAUGGUACCCAGGGCACCGCCCGGCCCGCCUGCCUCUCUGGGUGUGCUCGGGCGUCUGGGUGUUGGCCACUCUCUUCAGUGUGCCCUGGCUCAUCUUCCCCGAGGCUGCCGUCUGGUGGUAUGACCUGGUCAUCUGUCUGGACUUCUGGGACAGUGAGGAGCUGCCUUUGAGGAUGCUGGAGAUCCUGGGAGGGUUCCUGCCCUUCCUCCUACUAUUGGUCUGCCAUGUGCUCACCCAGGCGGCAGCCUGCAGGCCCUGCCACCGCCAGCCAUGUCCCCCGGCCCCCCGUGGCUUCGCCCGAGUGGCCAAGACUGUCCUGUCGGCCUAUGUGGUCCUGCGGCUGCCCUACCAGCUGGCCCAGCUGCUCUACCUGGCCUUCCUGUGGGACAUCUACCCCGGCUACCUGCUCUGGGAGGCCCUGGUCUACUCCGACUACCUGAUCCUGCUCAACAGCUGCCUCAGCCCAUUCCUCUGCCUGCUGGCCAGCGCCGACCUCCGCACCCUGCUGCACGCUGUCCUCUCCUCCUUCGCGGCUGCGCUCUGUGAGGUCACGCCAGCCCAGUCGCAGACCCAGGGGGACUCUGAGGGACAGACACUGCCAGGAGCUACGGUUGAAGACCAGCCACAGCUAAACCCCACAGCCCAGCCACAGGCAAAUCCCACAGCCCAGCCACAGGAAAAUCCCACGGCCCAGCCACAGGUGAACCCCGAGACCCAGCUACAAGUGAACCCCAUGGCCCAGCCACAGGAGAACCCCGAGAUCCAGACCCCUGACCCUGCUGCCAGCUCAGCCCCGGAUCCUGGUGAUAAUCCCACCCCAGGGACCCCGGAAGCCCCUGCCACACCUGCUGCCCUUGAGGGGGAAAGCCCCUGCAGUGCCCCACUGGAGGAGACCCCCAGUGCAGGCCCCAAGUGA